CCUAAUUUGAGAACAUUAAAAUUAAUGCCCACAUUUUUGUUUGUUUUGAUCGAUAUAUUUAGAAUCAGACUUGUAAACUCCAAUAACAAAUGUACAAAUGGCGCGAAAAAUAUCAGUGUUUUGUAAACAUAAUAUUCAGUUAAUGAUGGCGUAUUUGACUCAGCAAUUGAAACCAUAUCGAUAUGAUGAUUACGCGCCUCACGAAGAGUUUGAAGAUGUGAACAGAUACUGGUACCAAGCGAAAGGUGGUUCCUGGGUUUGCAUUCCUAAGUUAAUCAACCCAUACGAUAACCUUAAUGUGAGAAAAGGAGCGAGUAUCGGUGAAUGCAAAACCGCAUUUCGUGAACUGGUUUCAACUCCGAACCGCCAAAAACGCAUGUUAGUUGCAUACUCUUGGCAUAUGAUAACAAACGAAGCGCUGUAUCGCAUUGGAGAGAGAACAGUUUGUGACGUGUUCGAUUAUGCAAUUAGUGGCAACACAGGCAACCUGAAAUUGGAACUGGAAAAACACCCAGAUGCGCUGGAAUGCACAGAUACUUCUGGGUCUUCGUUGCUGUACAUCGCAGCCCGAAGCGGUUUUUACGACACCUGUGAGUUUCUUCUGGAUAAAGGAGCCAAACCCGGACUAGCUUGUGGAUCCUCAGAGAGCACUCCUCUACAUGCGGCAUCCUAUUAUGGUCACGAUUUAGUUUGCAUGCUGCUUAUAUCCAGGGGCGCCAAAGUUGAUGCCAAAAAUAAGUUCGGAAACACGCCCGCUGAUGAAGCAAAAACACAUGAACUUAACCAAAAAUUGCAAUUAUUAAAAAAUGGCGACAAACCUUCACCAAUGGCUAGAUUGACAGGGAGUUUAUGCCUUGAAAAUGUAACUCAUAAUGGAAAAACUGUUGCGCGUCUUUUGAGGCUUCAGAAUAUAGAAAUACCUAAGAACUGGCUGCCAGCAUGGCAUGGAACCAAAUACAAUUAUUUGAAUUCGAUUCUGAAAAACGGAUUGCAACCAUCGGGAGCGGUUGUAGAUGGCGUUAAUGGAGUUAAUAACUGGGCGAGCGCUGUGUUCAUCUCUCCCAUUUUGAUAUACGCAGGUUAG